AUGGCUGGAGACCUAGCCUGGGCUGGUCAGGGAUACGAAGUUCCAUUAAUGGCUGCCCCAUGCGCAGGACCCGGACCUUUCUUAGGGUCAUACGAUCUUGCGGCUAUCCCUUCAUCUUACGGUGGUGGAUUUGUCAUCUCCAGUGCAUCACCUGUCCAACCUUACGGCGUCUCAUUGAUGUCAGAAAACGCAAUCGAUGGUAUACUUGUGGUUGGUGGUGAGCUACCGUUCCUUGGUACCGUUGGUCUGGAAGGUGCUUUACCUACUGCGGGAACUGGUACCAUUUCUUACGGCUGCGGUAAUGGGAAUGUGGGCAUGAUAAGUGAAGAUGUCAUGCCUAUGGCCGCUGUCUCCAACAUGUCUCCCUUCGCCUUCUUGCUCCUCUGCAUUCAAGCUUGCUUGAUCCAGAAUGUAUACAGCGAGUGCCUCGGAGCCGGCCUCGGUCUGGGCUACGCAGGUGGUUUAGCUGGUGAAUGCGGACUCGGUUAUGGACCUGGUUUAGCCACCGAAUUCGGUUACGGACCUGGACUUGGACUCGGCUACGGAGCCGGUCUUGGACUUGGCUACGGACUCGCUGGUCCUGCCGCCGUCGCUGGUCCCGCUGCCAUCGCUGGCCCGGCUUACGGAGGCACCGGCGUCGGUGACAUUGCCGUCGCUGGCGAGAUGGGCGUCGCCGGUACCACCGUCGUCGCUGGACAGGUUCCAAUUUUGGGCGCUGUCAGAUUCGGUGGUGACGUUCCAGCUGGUGGCGUUGUCUCCAUUGCAGGAAAUUGCGCCGGCGGCUGCGGCUGCAACGGCGCUUACAAUGGCGCUUACAACGGCGCUUACAAUGGCGCUUACCUCUACUAA